AUGUGUGACGGCCGUGUGCCCGGGUGCGUGACGGCCGUGUGCCCGCCGGGGCGAGGUGGUGACUGUCGGAGCCGCUGCCCGCCGCCGACCACCCCACCCACGCGCUUCAACCAGCACAUGCUGGUCGCUAUGGCGACCAUGUCUAAGGUGAUCGUGGUCAGUGUGCGGCCGCAACUGCGCGUGCUGUUCACCCACCCGCUGGAGGCCGGACCGUUGCAUGUACCGCUGCUCGACUGGCAGUUCGUCGUCAUCCGGGUCAGCAGCGGCGUCAACAUGGUCGACCCCGUGCUCACCUUCGCCAGGAAGUCUACUGUGUACUUCUACCAGGUGUGCUGUCCGGCGGAGCGGGUCAAGUUCGUGCCGCUGCAGUGGGUGGAGUUCCCGUUCUUCGUCCAGAACCUGCACUGGAUCAGCUCGCGCACGCUGGCGCUGAUCGACGGCCAGGAGAAACUGCACCUGUGGGACGUGCGCGGACAGCAGCAGCUCGAGGCUGUGGCCGGCGAGAAGGCCUGCUUCGAGUCGUGCGCCGUCUCCAGCGGCCAGCUGCUGCUGCUCGGCACGCGCGGCGUGCACGUGGUGACGCUGCGCACGUGGCUGGAGCGGCUGGAGUCGCACGUGCGCGCCGGCGAGUUCGCGGCGGCACUCCGGCUGGCGUGGGGCAUGUACACCGAGCAGAGUCCGGCGGCGACCGGCGCGCGCGCCGCCUCCGGUCGCCGACAGGCCAUCAUCAAAGAGCGGAUGCUGUCGCUGGUGGACGAGUGGCUGCUCUUCUGUCUGGCCGCCGACCAGCGGGAUCAGUCGCUGACCCAGGCCCUGCCCACCUGUGUGCAGUACCUGCUCGACCUGGACGAAAGUGCGGUGCUGUUCGGCCGUGUUGUGGGUCUGCUGGAGCCAGAACCGGCCGCGUAUCAGCUGUUGCUGGAGCAGCUGGUGACGCACCUGGAGCACCAGGACCAGCUGCAGGUGCGUGGCGCCCCGUCGCUCGUGUGCGGUGUGUGCUGGACCCGCGCCAGACGGCGUGAGCGGGGGUGUGGCGGUGGACUGCGGCCAGCCGGCGGCGCGGCGGGCGUGAUCACGCCGCUGCGCUCAGCGCUGGAGGAGUGUCUGGUGCGGGUGGAGCUCGGGUCGCUGGACAUACACCAGGUGCUGCCGCUGUGCUGGCGGCGCGGCCUCUACGACGCCAUCAUCCGGAUCCACACGGCCGGCAUGGGCGCCCCUCUGAUGGACGGCCAGGCGCAGCUGGGCAACAAGCUGCUGGUGUACAUCUCGAGCUGCCUGGCGGGCCGCGGCUACCCAGCCGGCCAGAUCCCGGCCGAGCGCGUGCACGACGUCAAGCUGGCCGUGCUCAGUGCGCUCACGGCCGUCCACUCAAAGAACGCGGCCGACGCCGAGCCGACGCUGCUGACGUUCGACACCCGCGAGUUCCUGAACGUGCUGUCGCUGUCGUUUGAGGAGGAUGUGUUCACAUCGGAGCUGGGCAUGCGCCAGCGCCAGCGCAUCGUCGACAUCCUGCUGACCCUGAUGGUGGACCGGGAGGAAUACUCGCCCUCGCAGCUGGGCUCCCUCUUCACCUUCAUCGCUCGCCAGAUGGCGCUGCCCAACAGCACCGUGUCCGUGUCGCGCGAUCUCUUCGAUAAGGUGGUGGACCACCUGACAGUGCCGGGCGACACGGCGCACCACGAGGAGCGUCAGCAGGCCCUCUGCGAGCUCAUCUCCACCGGCGUGCUGGAGCACUACGACACCGAGCGGCUGGCACAGCUGGCCGAAAAGGCCAAAUUCGCCUCCGUGGCGCUCAGCCUGCUGACGCGCUCCGUGGCGCUCAGCCUGCUGACGGAGCUGGUGAAGAUCGACGUGGCGGCCACGGCCACGCUCUUCACCACCUGUCUGUCGCGACACCUGGAGGCGGCCGUCCAGACGCUGGCUCCGUGGCCUCAGCAGCAGUACCGCUUCCUCGGCGCCGUCCUGCAGCAGAGUUCCAGUGUGGUGCUGCCCGCCUCCGUGCACCGGCGGCAUCUGGACCUGAUGUGCCAGCUCGACCAGGACCAGGUGGUCCAGUUUCUCAGCAGCCAGGACGUGCUUGAUGUCGAACAGUACCUGCAGAUUUGUCAGAAGGCGGGCAACAAAGAGGGGGAGGCCUACCUGCUGGACCUGAAAGGCGACACUGUGGCCGCCUUGGGGGCUCUGGUGGACGGCCUGGACGGCCUCGGACAGGUGCGUCCCCGCCGCCAGUGGUCCGGCAGGUGA